AUGGGUGCCACUAGCCAAAUUGCCAUCAUUGGAAUGGCCUGCCGUCUCCCUGGAGGGGCUGACAAUCCAGAAAGCCUAUGGUCUAUGCUAGCUGAAGGCAGAGAUGGACGAAAAGAAAUUCCAAAGGAUCGAUGGGACUGGAAGUCUUUCUACCACAAGGACACAAACGCCAAGGAGGCCAUCAACUUCAGCCAUGGAUAUUUCCUGGAUCAGGACAUCUCGGCUUUUGACGCCCGAUUUUUCGGUGUUCCUGGGGCAGAGGCUCCGGGAAUUGAUCCUCAGCAAAGGCUUCUGCUGGAGGUCACGUACGAGGCAGUCGAGAAUGCCGGCAUCCCGAUCGAAGACCUUCGUGGUUCAGACACUUCGGUUCACAUGGCCAUGUUUGCUCGAGACUAUGACAGAAUGGGAUAUCGAGACACGUCUCAAAUGCACAAACAACAUAGCACAGGGUCAGGUGACGCCAUUCUAGCCAACAGGAUCUCGUACUUGUUGGAUCUCAAAGGCACCUCCAACACCUUAGAUACAGGAUGUUCCGGCGGCCUUGUGGCGGUGCACCAAGCGUGUCGUACUUUGAAGGCAAACGAAGCUUCGAUCGCCCUUGCAGGGGCCAGCCAACUGCUUUUGACCCCCGACCAGUCGAUGACCAUGUUUAACCUCACCAAUAAAGAUGGGAGAUGCUACACGUUUGACGAUCGUGGCGCCGGCUAUGCGCGAGGCGAGGGACUUGGCGUUCUCGUCUUGAAGCGGCUUGAGCAGGCUAUCGCCGACGGAGACGCCAUUCAUGCGAUUGUCAUGGAAUCAGGCUCUAAUCAUGAUGGCAAGACAGGUGGAAUCUUCUUGCCCAACUCGGACGCACAAGAGUCUCUAGCCCGCAGGGUCUACGCGAAUGCUGGUCUGGAUCCUCGAGAGACUCUGUAUGUGGAGGCCCACGGAACCGGGACUGCGGCUGGUGACAAUGCCGAAGUCUCGUCUAUAUCCAAGGUCUUUGGCCGUGAGGCAGGCCGCAAGUCUGACUUGCCCAUAGGCAGUAUCAAAGCCAACAUAGGCCACCUGGAGUCGUCCAGCGGCAUAGCCGGCAUGCUGAAGGCUAUAAUGGUGUUGAAAAAGAACCAGAUUCCUCCGCAGCUGAACUUAAUCAACCCAAAGCCUUCGCUUCAUCUCGCGGAAAGGGGCAUCAGAAUACCGCUGAAGCUCGAACCUCUUGCACCCAAAGAUCACACUGGACCCAGACGCGCCUCUCUCAACAGUUUUGGGUACGGCGGGAGCAAUGCCCACGUAAUUAUUCAGGCCUAUGACCCUACCCCUAUAUCCAAUGGAUUCUCCAACGGCGUCAACGGAGUGGGAAAACCGCACGAAACACCCCAGAGACUUGUUGUUCUUUCCGCAAACUCAGAGUCGUCACUCAAGGGUGUAAUCGUCAACUUGCGGCGAUGGCUGGGAUCAGACCUGGGACGUUCGACAUCCUUUGACGACCUGGUUUACACCUUGAACGUCCGCCGUUCAAAGCUUCCCUGGCGCUGCAGUGCCAUCGUGUCCAACUCCGAAGAGCUUGAAAUGGCCAUGGGAGAUCCGAGAGUACCCCUGGUCAAGUCUGCACAAGAUGUCGGGGUCGCCUUUGUUUUCACCGGUCAAGGAGCCCAGUGGUUCGCCAUGGGCCGUGAGCUUUUGUCGGGGUCAAAGGUGUCCCAAGACUCGCUGGCCGCCUGCGACCGAAUCUUGAAUGAUCUUGGUUGCGACUGGAGCCUUUUCAAUGAGCUGUCGCGCGACAUGAAGACAACACGCCUCGGUGAUAGCAGAUUUUCGCAGCCAUCUACAACGGCGAUCCAGAUUGCACUUGUCGAUCUACUCGGUAGUUUCGGCAUUCAUCCCCAGGCCGUCUGUGGCCACAGCUCUGGGGAGAUCGCCGCCGCUUAUGCUGCGGGUGCCCUUUCGAAGGAGGACGCUAUCUCGGUUGCCUACAAUCGCGGCAUCUGGUCCGCUGAAGCCAGAAGCCUCAACGCAACAGCUGGUACGAUGCUGGCUGUGGGGGAAGGGGAAGACGCCGUGCAGAAGAGAAUCAACUCGCUCAGCCGGGGCAGCAGCAAGAUUGUGGUGGCUUGUGUGAACAGCCCCGAGAGCACCACAAUUUCCGGAGACGUGGAGGCGAUUGAAGAGCUCCAAGCCAACCUGGAUGCUUCAUCUGUCUUCAACAGACGUCUCAAAGUGGAUUCAGCCUACCACUCUCAUCACAUGGAGACGGUGGCCGAUUCCUAUCUGUCGUCCUUGGCCGGUAUGUCUGGGAAUGCCCCCAACGAGAAGAUUGCUUUCUAUUCUUCUGUCACCGGUAACCGGAAACUCUCCGACUUUGAACCUUCUUAUUGGGUUUCCAACCUGGUGUCUCAAGUCAAGUUCAGCGCGGCGUCACAGUCGGUUGCAGAGCACCUCUCGACCGCUGAUUCUACAGCCAGCAACAUCCUCAUUGAGAUCGGACCGCACUCCGCACUCUCCGGGCCGCUGAGACAGUCUCUGGGCGGUUUCAAGACCUCUUCGGGAGCAGCUUUCAAGUACACCUACCUCCCUUGCCUGGUCCGCAACGAGAGUGCUACGAAGACUAUCCUGGCCUUGGCUGGUAGGGCUUUUGAGGCCGGACACUCGACCAAGUUAGAUGCGGUGACAAACAUGGACAGAGAGCUUACCUCAAAGCCUCGCCAACGAGUCGUCGACAACCUUCCAGCAUAUCUGUGGGAUCACAGCUCUACAUACUGGCACGAGUCGAGGCUUAGCAAGGAAAACCGCCUGCGCCCGUUCCCUCGCCAUGAUCUUCUCGGACUGUACGACAUCCACAGCUCCGCCAACGAACCUCGAUGGAGACACCACGUCAGCAUUGAAUCCCUUCCAUGGCUGAAGGACCACGUUGUAGAAGGCUUCAUCAUUUUCCCCGGCGUGGGCUACUUGAUAAUGGUCAUCGAGGCCAUGAAACAACUAGCGUAUUUGCGGAAGACCCCAGGAAACGUCAAAAGCGUCAAUUUUCGCGAUGUCUCCUUCGCAAAGCCGGUCGUGGUUCACCAAGUGGGCGAGAACAAGAGUCGCGAAGUUGAGAUGCAGCUUGUCAUCAGCCCGCAGCGUCAGCACAUGGCCAGUACGUGGGAGUCUUUCCGCAUCCUGUCCUACGAUGCUGAAAACGACCUCUGGACCGAGAACUGCACUGGUAAGGCUUCCUUGGACAUCGAACUCGGAGCGGCACAGCCUGCAGUCGAGGAAGUUCUCGGAACCAGCGACGAUGGCCUCGGUCACCUCACAAAGUCGGCGGCGGCGGCCGUGUUAGAGGACGUCAGGGCCGCCUGUCUCGAGCCGAUCGACACCGCGAAGGUAUAUCGUGAGCUUGCGGCAUCCGGGAACGAAUACGGUUCCAGCUUUCAAGGACUCAAAGAUAUUCGCGUUUCCAAGAACCACGGCUUCGCCAAAAUCGUCAUCGACGAUGUCGCGAAACAGAUGCCGGCCGAAUACAUGCAGCCGCACACCAUUCACCCCACAGCCUUCGACGCGAUCAUCCAACUCGGAGCCGUGGUUUUCCGCCGCGAGUGCGUCGUCGCCCCGAUAAUGCCCGUGACGCUCGGCGAGUUGUCUAUUGCUCUCGACAUGGGCAGCAAGCCCGGCUCUGAGAUAUUUGUGGCCCUACACUUGGUUCCGGAAAGCCGACGGGAAGCGGUCGUCGACUUCUGCGCGUAUCAACAACUUGAGGAUGGGACUUUCCGACCUGUGGUCACGAGCAAAGACAUCCGCCCACAAGCCGUUGGCAAUGCCGAUUCAAGCAACAAUCUUUUUCACCAGAAAACGAGCUACCUGGUGGAAUGGAAGCCCGAUGUCGACUAUAUCACACAAACCGGUUUCAUGGACCAUCUUUCCAGCCGCGAUCUCUUCGACGUCGGGUACGGGACGAUCAGAACGCAGCCUGCCGAAGAGCAACUGCACCUCAACGAUCAAGUCGCGUCAAUCUUCAUCCGCAGAGCAGUUCAACGUCUACGUCAAGACCAAGUCUCCGAGGCAAGCAGUCCUCAUCUGACGCAGCUCCUCGACUGGAUGCGCAGAUGGGACGAAGUCGACGCGAGACCGCUUCUGGAAGGGAUGACCCCCGAGAAAGAGGCUGAGACCAUAGCACAGGCCAGUGAUUCCAACAUCUUGGGCCACACCUUGACCCGUCUCGGGCCGCAGUACAUCGACAUACUUAUGGGUAGGGCAGAACCUCUCGAGCUUCUCGUGGAAGACAACCUGCUCGGGCGGCUGUACUCCGACUACGCCCCGUUCAGCUGCCACUAUGCACAGAUGGGCGAGUACAUGCAGACUCUCGUUCACAAGGAUCCCAACAUGAAGAUUUUGGAGAUUGGUGCUGGUACCGGCGGCGCUACGAUGCCGCUGAUGGAGAAGAGCGAGCGCGACGGCCAGCUUCUCCUGGCGAACUACACAUACACCGACAUAUCUUCGGGAUUCUUCGAGCGGGCGCGUGCGAAAUUCAGCAAGUGGGCAGACAAAAUCGACUUCAAGACGUUGGAUAUCUCAAGCAACCCGCUUUCUCAGGGGUUCACUGCCCAAAGCUUUGAUCUCAUCGUUGCCUCCAUUGUGUUGCACGCGACACCUUCUAUGGAUGACACGAUGGCCAACGUGCGCAAGCUGCUGAAGCCGGGUGGUCGGCUUGUCCUCAUGGAGCUCACGCGUCUCUAUGCCGCCCACAACGGUAUCUUCGGCACACUGGAGGGCUGGUGGUUGUCUCAAGACGGACGAAAGGACGGGCCAGUCCUCACCACUCCUAAGUGGGACAGUCUCUUGAAGCGCCAUGGCUUCAGUGGCACCGACCUGGCCAUUCCAGCUCAUCUUGGCCGUUCCAGGGAUAUCAGCACUUUUAUCGUCAGCAAAGCUGUUAAUUCUACGGACACCAGCUUGAGAGCUAGUGUGAUGCUCAGGCAUUCAGACCCAACUCAAACUGCUUUCCAGGAUCUCCUUUGCAAGUCCUUGCUUCAGCAAGGCGUUGAGUGCAACCAGGAAGUCUCGAUAAAGACUGGCGCUCCCGUGGCCGACAAGGUUGGCGCAGAAUCAGACCGAUUGUUGAUAGUUCUCGACCCCGCCUCUCAUCCUGUCCUCCUAGAUCCCAAGGACGAAACCUUCGAGUGGACUAAGCAAGUUCUGCUUCAGACCAAGAACAUCUUGUGGGUCGGCUUCCAAGAUACUGAAGCCUCGGUUGAGAGCGAAUCCCGGAAGAACAUCGUCAAUGGGCUGGCUAGGGUUUUCAGGCGCGAGAACCCCGGCAUCCAACUCAUCACGGUCGAUGUGCAGCAACAGAUUCAACCCUCCAGCGAAGACGUACAUCACGUCGUUAAAGCCCUAACAGACUUCGCCAUUUCGUCGUUCUGGUCAAAUUCGGGAGGAGCGGUAGAAACAGAAUACGCCAUCCGCGAUGACAAACUCGUUAUUCCCAGGAUUGUACCCGACAUCCGCUUCGCAGACUUCGUCGAGAGCUCCAACGAUGAAAGUCACGAUGAGGAAGGCUCCAGAACACUCGUGGAUUGGAAGUACUUCGACGACAGCCGGCCUCUGAUGUUUGACGUUCGGGUGCCCGGUUUGCUCAACACCAUCCGCUUUGUGGACAACGACAAGAUGAGCGAACCCCUGGGUCCCGAUCAGAUCGAGGUCCAAGCUCGCGCAUACGGCCUCAACUUCAAAGACGUUUUCAUCGCGUUGGGCCAGAUGGCCCCCGGCACUGCAAUGACCGGCGAGGUUGCCGGUGUCGUUACCGCAGUCGGUUCAGAUGUCCAGUCGUUGUGGAAGCCUGGCGAUAGAGUCGUCGGUCUGAUGGUGGCGGCCUUUGGCAACCGGGUCCGCGUCAACAGCAACGGAGUUGUCGCGAUACCCGACUCCGUCAGCUUCGUCGACGCCUCGUCCGUUCCCAUCAUCUACUACACGGCCUGGUACUCUCUCACGCACUGUGCCCGGCUCGAGAAAGGCCAGAGUGUGCUCAUCCACGCGGCCUCGGGAGGUGUCGGCCAAGCUGCCAUCCAGCUCGCGCAGCUGGUCGGGGCCAACAUCUUCGCCACCGUGGGCAGCAUCGCCAAGAAGAAGCUCAUCCAGGAUCGAUACGGUGUGCCGGAGCACCAGAUAUUCUCUUCACAUUCUAGCCAUUUCAAGAAACACAUCAUGGAAGCGACGCAGGGCGCAGGCGUUGAUGUCGUCCUGAAUUCGCUCUCCGGCCAGCUCCUGAUGGACAGUUGGGACUGCGUUGCCCCGUUCGGCACGUUUCUCGAGAUCGGCAAGGCGGAUAUAUACGCACGCAGCCAGCUGAACAUGGCCAACUUCGAGAAGCAGGCGACCUUUGCGGCCGUGGACACCUCGCACAUGUACCGGCUCCGUCCGGAGUACAUGACGCGAGGGCUCAAGGAGAUCUUCGACAUGAUCGAAAACGGUCUGUUGAAGCCCGUGUACCCGGUCACCACGUACGACAUGAGUCGCAUCGAGGAAUGUUUCCGUCUCAUCGCGACGAGGAAGCACAUCGGAAAACUGGUGUUGGUGGCCGAUGAGAACACCAUUGUCCAAGCAACCAAGCCGAAGCCAAAGCAGCUUCGGUUGCAUCAAGAGGGGACGUAUGUCAUCGGCGGUGGUUUCGGCGAUCUUGGAAAGAAGAUGAGCAAGUUCCUGGCCGAGAAGGGGGCAGGACACAUUGUUGCACUGACACGACGAGACGUCGACGCUCAGCAACGGGCGCCAUUCGAAGAGACCAUCGUCAGGCUGGGUGGUAGACUUCACAUCGUCAAGUGCGACAUCACAGACGAGAGAAGCACGCUUGCAGCCAGGGAAGAGAUUCGCAAGCUACCACCGGUCAAGGGCGUCAUCCAGGGGGCACUAGUUCUUUGCGAUCACCCCCUCGAGUACAUGAAACUUGAAGACUGGAGGACAGCCGUGGAUCCCAAGGUCCAAGGCACUCUCAACAUGGACAAGGCGUUCUGCUCCCCUGAGACGACCGACUUCUUCAUCAUGCUCUCCUCCGUCACGAGCAAGAUCGGCUUGACCACCCAGAGCAACUAUGCGGCAGGCUGUGCUUUCCAAGACGCCUUCGCGCAAGCUCACGCCUCGAGUGUGGGAGCUUCGGGAACCACCCACUACAUGACCAUCAACGUCGGCGCCGUCGAAGGCUCAGAUCAGAUCGCCCGCGCGAGCAGCGACUUCAUCCGGUACGGCGGCUCGGUCACGCUCGACGAGUUCUUCGCCACGCUCGAGUACGCCAUGGGUGACCAGUCUCGGAUCGAUGGCGCUUCGCAGUGCAUCAUGCCCUUCGACCGCGACUCGAUGGAAGACGGCAUGGGACCGGAGGUCCUCAACGACCACCUCUUUGAUCACGUUCCCAGCAAGAGAAGGCGCGGCGGCACGGCCAACAACACCAAAGUCGACAACGCGAAGCCCAGCGCGACCCAGGCGGUCCAAGAGGUCGAGACCGUUGCGGAGGCCGAGGAGAUCGUCAAGCAGGCGCUGCUCGACAAGUUUGCCGCGUUCUUGGGCGGCGAGGUCCCGGACGACCAACCCGUCGCGACGCUCGGUUUGGAUUCUUUGGUUUCCAUCGAACUCAAGAACUGGGUUCGACACACCUUCCAGGCGCCGUUGCAGACAUCCGAGUUGAGUGGUGCACGAAGCAUCAUGGCGCUCGCCAACCUCAUCGUAUCGAGAAUGGAGUUAAAGUGCAGGGUCAAUGGCAAGACGGCCGCCGGCAAUGGUGACGCCAAUCAUCACGGCGGUCAAGAUGACACGAGCCUCGAAGCCUCAGGUGAACAUGCCAGUCAGCAUGGAUACGACUGUUGCAAGUUGAGCGCAGAUCUGCCUGUCCAGCCAAUUCCCGAGUUGGACGACGCUCUCGAUUUCUGGCUCGAGGCGAACGAGCAUCUCUACGACCCUGACCAACUUCUCGAGGUCCAUCAAGACAUCGAAGCCCUCCGAGCCCCCGACGGCCCUGCUCGACAGAUUCUUGACGGCUUGGUCAAGGAGCAUGGCCAUGACAAGAGCAAUGGCUGGUUGAACGAGAUCGUCACGGACGCUCGCUGGCUGUGCAGGAGGUCCCCAAUCGCCCCGUAUGCCAGCACUAUGGGCGGACACCGCGACGCGAAGACUCCUCAGUCGCAGGCCGAGCGUGCCGCCACCAUCAUCGCGUCUUCUUUGUCAUUCAAGCGGGCCGUCAAGGCCGGAAAAGUCAAGCCCCUCGAGGUCGCGGGCAGACCAGAGUGCACGUGGAGAUGGGGCUGGCUGUUCAACUCGAUUCGUAUACCACAGCUCAGGUGCGACGCGAUGAAGAGCUUCGACUCGGACGAGAAAGACGCCCUCGAUCACAUCGCCGUCCUGAGAAGAGGCCACUUGUUCAAGGUCAUGCUCCAGGACCGGGACGGACAAGACUUGUCAUUCUCUGAUCUGGUGGCGACCUUUGAAGAAAUCGUCUCAAAGGUUGGUCAGGACCACCUCUGGACUAGCAUCCUGACCACAGAUGAUAGAGACUCGUGGGCUGUUAUGCGAGAAAAGCUGGCGACGGCGAGCGCUGCCAACGCAGAGUACUUCCACGCCAUCGACUCUGCAAUGUGCGUUCUAUGCCUGGAUGAUGGCUCCCCAGAGACUAGCGAGGAGAUUGCUCGACAAGGCUACAUCGGCGACGGAUCCAACCGCUGGUUCGACAAGGUGUUGCAGUUCUACGUGACAUCCAACGGCCGCUCCGGCCAGAUCACCGAGCACGGCAUCAUCGACGGCACGACCCCCGCCCGUCUUCUGGAAUGGCUCUCGGCUGCCAUGGACAAGCCAUUGCCCGAGAGCCCAGCCAGACUGAACGGAAACUUCUCGUCCCACAUUGCGCUGCACGAGUUUGUCCUCGAGACGACGCCCGAGGUCGAGAACCGGAUCGGGCUCGUGAGAAAACAAUACGUCAACAACACCUCAGUCGCAACCUACGUCCGAGAGGAGCUCACCGAGUUCGGGACCGACUUCCUCGUACGGUCCAGGGUGUCGGCCAAGGGCGUCGUGGACAUCACGUUCCAGCUCGCGCUGCGCCUGUUCUUCGGACACAACGUGCCGUCCUGGGAACCCACCAGCGCCGCGCACUUCCACACCGGCCGAUCCGAUGCUGUUCAGAGAGCGGUCCCGGCCGUCGUUGCCUUCUGCGAUGCGGCCGCGCAGGCGUACCGGCACCAAGAGGAGUCCGAGCAGGCGGGGAGACUAGCCGCCCUGUUGUCGGCCGCGACGAAGAAGAUGAACGUCGACAUGCAAACCAUGUUGAACGGCCGGAGUUACUUGCGCCUCUUCGAGGUCCUAAGCUACCUCUGGCCCGCCGAGGCCAGCAGCACGCCCAAGCCACGCUUUUUGGGCGAGCAUGUCUUCUUCGGCAGGCCUCACCCGCCCGUCUUUGCCCAGAGCAACGGCUUGGAGGGAGACAUCAUGUUCCAAGACUUUGUGCACCUCAUGGCGGAUACUGACGGGUUUUGGUCAAUCUUGGUCCCGGAGAAGGACAGAAUUCGCUUUUCCUUGACAGGCGGCUCGCAGGAGCGGACUCGGGCGUUUGUUAAGGAGCUUAGAUGUGCCGCAAGAAUUGUGCGCGGCAUUCUUCAGGGGGUUCAGUAG